GGUUGGAUAGUAAAAAUGCAAUUUGUAUGCACGUUGGGCAACAAACUACUUCUCAUUUGUGUGCUUCUAGGGAUCUUCACAAUAGUUGGCGGCCAGCUUUUUACCUUGAGUGUUCCCAAAAAGUGCCAUGAUGUGUGUCCAAUGGGAUACCGGGUUGUUUGUGCCCUGGACGUCCUCGAUGGCUGCCUAAGAACGUUUGCCAGCAGUUGUGUGAUGCAAAUGUACAACUGCAAGUACCAGAAGGAUUAUCGCAUAAUAGCGAAGAGGGCCUGUGAAUUUAUCAGCAACGAUGAACUUCUAGGGAUGGACAUCUAG